AUGCGUGUAUUGGUCGUUGGUGCGGGUGCGGUCGGCUGCUUUUACGCAAGCAGGCUCGACCCGUCUGCUUUUGUGGGACUUGUGUGUCGUUCCAACUAUGAUGCCGUGCAUGCCCACGGGAUUUCGAUGAAGACAAGCAGUUUUGGUGAUUACCACUACCAGCCCAAUGCAGUCUACGCCGCUGCAGAAAACGCUGCCAUGGACGGCCCAUGGGAUUUCGUGCUCGUCGCUACGAAAGUAAACACGUCUUUGACUGCAGCGGAUAUUAUCGCAUCGGUCGUGUCGCAAUCGACAACAAUCGUGCUUAUCCAAAACGGCGUCAUGAUCGAAUCCCCGUUCCGCGCGCGAUUCCCCGAAACGCCAAUUCUAUCGGCCGUCACGGUCGUCGCCGCGACACUUGUCGAGCCCAAUGUCGCCGCGCAGUACCGCUGGACACGGAUCAGUCUUGGUCCGUACUCGGAUUUCUACGCACACGACGACACUCCCCUGCAGAAGCAGCUGCUCGAGCGUGCAACGGAUGCCAUGCGCACGCUUGCACAGUUGUGGAAGAACGGCGGCAUCAGCGAUGUUGAGGAGCACAGUGCACGCGAUAUUCAGCUCGUCCGCUGGCACAAGCUGUCCAUCAAUGCGGCAUUCAACGCUUCGAGCGUCCUUGCAGGGUGUAUUGGCAACGGCGAAGCCGUACGCGAUCCGUACCUGCGUGCGCAUAUAAAGGCAUGCAUGGAAGAAGUACUCGACGCUACGGAAACGGUGUUUGGUGUACCAAUGCCUGCACGCUUUGCCAGCCCCGACAAAAUCAUUCGAAGCAAUGAGAAGAACGUGGGCAGCAAGUCCAGCAUGCUCCAGGACUGGGAGGCGCACCGCCCUAUGGAGCUCGAUGCGAUCCUAAAGAGUCCACUGGAACUUGCAGAAAAGCACGGUGUAUCUAUGCCGCGCUUGCAGAGUAUGUAUGCACUUCUGCGCAGCGCAGAAGCGCAGCGGCGUGCCUAG